AUGCAUGAAUCUCAUGGUGUAAAAACACCAUUAGACCAAAAUCAAGUGUUAUCUAAACUGCAGAUACCAACUAGUAAGGAACAAAAGCUACCUGUUCCUUAUCAGGCUGCCAUUGGGAGUCUUCUUUAUGCAGCUCAAGCAACACGGCCAGAUAUAACUUAUGCUGUGAAUUUCCUUAGCCAGUUCUCCAAUAAUCCGGCAAGGGUUCACUGGAAUGCUGUCAAGCGCAUCAUGCGGUAUCUUCGAGCCACUACAGAUGCUACAUUGUCUUUUUCAAAGGACCAUAGUGCUGAUGUCCUUGGUUACAGCGACUCAAACUAUGGAGGUGAUGCUGGGGAUCGACGAUCAACCACUGGAUAUGUUUUCCUCAUCGGAGGUGGUGCAGUGUCAUGGUGUAGUAAGCGUCAACCAACCAUUGCAACUAGUACAACAGAAGCCGAAUAUAUGGCUCUUUCUGCAGCUACUAAAGAAGCCAUAUGGCUCAACAAAAUUGUUAAAGAACUUGGGAUUAUUACUGCAAAGCCAGUAUUAUUAUACUGCGAUAACAACAGUGCUAUUAAUCUCAGCAAAAAUAGUGUGUAUCAUGGUAGAUCAAAGCAUAUUGAUAUACAACAUCAUUUCGUGCGAGAAGCUGUGAAACUUCAGCACAUUGACAUACAAUAUAAGACUACUAAUGAUAUGAUUGCAGACUUUUUGACAAAAAAUGUAAACAGUGCAAAACAUGAAAUGUGUGCAAAAAUGAUGGGUUUAAAAUGA